UUGGCGCCAAGUGAACACGUUGAUUUUUUUCCCGCCUUGUAUUAUACAGACUGAAUAAUGGUAGAUAUCAGGGACGUCCAAGUGGCAGUGAUGCGUUACAUUUACUCUGGAUUGAUUUGCUUUUGGGAAUCAAAACCUCCCGUGGCAACAAACCCUUUUGUCAAGGUGACCUUUUACCCCUUUAUAGCUGAGAUGCAAACACUACAAGCAUAGAGAGCACGGCUACGAGAAUGUGUAUGCGUUGCUCUCUUGUCUCCACACUAAACAUACACAUCACGGUUUGUGUACGCUCGCUCUUUAGUCCACAUAGAGGCAGGUCCUUUCUCUUUGGUCCACAGCACUCCGGACUGCCAGCCUGGACGCUUUAGCCAUUUUAUAAGAAAACCACUUGAAUUUUGUUCAUGGUUUUCGAUUGUUGUGAGAGCGUCUGCUUUAUAGUUGAAUUUCCAGGAGUUUAUUUCAGCAAGUCACCGCCAGUUCUUGUUGUUGGUCAAUCCACGUGCGAGUUUCGAAAGGGCGUGUCAGCAUAUACAAUAUUGAGAAGUUGUGUGUGUGAUGUGAACAAGUCCGCGCAAUCAGAACAACCCAGAAACACAACCGGUGAGGAACUGAUGGGACAGUGCUGGAGUGUUAAACCAUUGAUGCCGGUUGUGACCAUUUUGUGCAAUCGAGAUUGUGUGUUGUUGUUGCUGUGUUUGAGACCAUCCUUGCAGCCAGAAAAAAAACAGUUGACCAUUUCAUGAAAUAUGCUUGACCAUAUUGACCCCGUGUUCCAACAAGCCGUGUUCCCCUUUGAGGAGGAUUUCGACCACCGACCAUGGGUCAAGAUAAUGGAGACCCACUGGAAAGAUUCCAUCUACUUCAGCAUCGUCUACGUGAUAGUCAUCUUCGGUCUCCAGUGGUACAUGAAAGACAGACCGAAAUGGGACCUGCGCCGACCCCUUGUCCUCUGGUCCCUGGUGCUGGCCAUCUUCAGUAACGUGUGCGCCUUCCGACUGUGGCAGGAAAUCUUCCUCUACAAGAACAUGUACGGCUGGAGGGCCACCAUGUGCGAGGCGGUGCCGGGUUACUCCGGGGUGAACGGCUUCUGGUCCUUGCUCUUUGUCUUCUCCAAACUCCCCGAGCUCGGAGAUACCCUGUUCAUCGUGCUACGCAAGCAAAAGCUCAUCUUCCUCCACUGGUACCACCAUGUCACCGUCAUGAUCUACUCAUGGUAUAGCUACCCUCUCCUCGUCGCUCCGGGUAGGUACUUCAUCUUGGUGAACUGCUCCGUGCAUGCCAUCAUGUACACCUACUACGCGCUUAAGGCGUCUCGCAUGGUCCGCAUCCCACGUUUCAUCAACGUCUGCAUCACCUUCGUACAGAUGUCCCAGAUGAUCGUGGGUUGUAUAGUCAAUUACCUAGCCUACCACUACCGCUCGAACGGGGAGCCAUGCUCCACCACGGACCACAAUCUCCUGGUAGCUCUCCUGAUGUAUUCCAGUUACUUCUUCCUCUUCGCCCAUUAUUUCUACCAGGCGUACUUCGUCCGCAAGCCGUCGCCGAAGCCCACCGGGGGGAAGGAAAGCAACGGAGUCAACCAGCGCUCCAAUGGGGUGCAUACCAACGGUGUCGCGUACUCCAACGGUGUCAAAACGAGCAGGGCGAACAACGUAAAGGUUGAUUGAGUGAAUCUUUCAAUGUACUUUUGUUUCUUUUACCUUUACAGUUCAGACUCAAAAAUUGGAAUAUGCACAGAAAUGCAUGUGGUUUUGCUGGUCCAUGGUUGACGGUAUUGAACAAUAUUUUUGUCACAAAGUUGUACAGCUCGGAAAUUAUUUCUGAGAAGUUACCGUAUCCUGCCACCUUUUUUUCAGUUGUUGGGAAAUAAAAUUAAAUAUAGUGUCUAAAUUUACUCAAAUGAGAAGUGAAACAGUGGUGGCAGGAUACGAUGAGUUUGCCAUUAUUUUAGUAUUGUGUCCUAAGAAACGUUUUAAAUAUUUAUCAUGGUUCCUGACCAAAAAGUAAAAGAUAAACUUUUUUUCGUUAGAGCGGGUGAUACCUUUUGAAAUACCAUUCACUCAAAAAAAUCUAUUUUUUACUGUUUGGGGCCCAAAAAUCUGACCUAGCAUCUUUAAGACAUUUCUAUGCUAAAUUUGUGCCAAAUAGCCAUAUUAUAGUUUGUACACAAGCCUUUACAAAUCCCGCCGACGUGAUGUAUACUGCAAUAACAUAAAACCAAUAUGUUUUUAUUUAGAAAUGAAUGGAUGAAUAAUAAUUAUUGCUUUGGAAUUGCCAAAAUUGUAAUGUUGAAACUACAGAAGUAUUGUCCAUAGCGGUUUAUUGUUUGUGUAUGUAUUUUUUUUCCCAGUUCAACAUUACAAUGUAAAGUGCAGGGUUUGAAACAGUUGCCAAUACAAAUUUUCAGUGGAAGGAUCUUGGUGCUUACAUGAUGACCAAUGUCAUAAACCUGCUUAUUGCAACAACUCUCUGCUAAGCAGAAAUGAUCAGAAUACCAGUCACAAAAUGGUAUCAUAACAUGGUAGUCUGUUAAGCAUUUCUUUUGUUGUGCUUAGUUAAACAGCUCUAUGAAAUUGGGCCAUGGACUCUUCAAGAAAUGUAUGCAUUGAACCCUAUUGGUGUAGGGAGUCACUGUUUUUAGUUGUUUAUUACAAAACAGUACCUAUGAAGUGAUUAUAGUUACGAAAACCGAAACACUUGAAACCAAUAUUCACACAAUUCUGAGAAAAGUGAAACAUCUUGUAGUUUCUCUGGUCUAUGAAGAAUUGUUCUUGGAAUGUUUUGUAAGCUUCCUUUCUAACUGUAAAUACACGGACGGGAUUGUUUGAUUUUCUGGAUUGUUUAAAAUAUUAUAGAUCUGUCUGGCCGAAUUUUAGAUGCAUUUAAUUUAUUGUCUUAAAAAAUGGUAUUAAUCUGCAUUGUGCCUUAUGCACGAAUACAAACCAGACAGCUUUUAGUGUGUGGUGUGACAAUUUUGUAUUUAGUACUUUUAAGCCAGCAUACCGAACGGGAUCUGGGAAAAUAUACCUUGGUGCCAUAUUUUUUAUACAAAAGGGUAAAUACCUUUCUAUUGUUCAUAAACAAACCGCGCUUGUUGGCAUGGACGACAUUAAUGUUAGCAAAACACUCAAUCGUGUUGUUAACAGAAUGCUUUAACAAAACUCAAUGUUUUCUGCAAACUUUCAACUCAAUAAAAUAUCUCCCGUGAUUGGUUGCUUUGUUUCCAACAA